AGCAGGCACGAGUUAGCCAGUUACCCUGGGCUGGCGAGGGACCACUGUCGUACACGUAGUGGGAAAGAAGAGGUCCUGAUGCGCGAGUCAACGCAGCCCUCGGCGGAGAUGAAGGCGGACUCUGACUGGUUCUGAUUUUUCAAAGUCAUUUUCAUUCAGCAGGUUGCAUGCCAACGGUUGUCAUGAUGGCAGAGCCCCUAUCCCCAGCACCCACCGCUGCAAAAAUGGCGUCAGUGGACCGGGUCCGCGCGUUGACGUUAAUUUUCUUGACUGUCACUGGUUGUUUUGUCACCUCGACAAGUGGCAAGGAAGGGUCCGAGGAGACCGUCAUCAGUGGCCUCCGUCUGGAGGACACGGACGACAUUUCCUUCAUGGAUAAAGGCUACUUGCGGGUGAGUGAGCGCUCUCGGAUCAAAUUAAGAGUGUACGGGCAGAACAUCAACAACGAGACCUGGUCCAAGAUUGCCUUCACGGAGCACGAGAGGAGCCGGGCGGGGGUGAGCCUUGACAGCUCCUCGGGGGAUAACCACAGCCAAGAGGACUUGUCCGGCUUGCAUCCCUGCGGCAUCAGGACUUCAGAUAUCAUUAUUUUACCAAACAUUGUUGUGAACCGAAAGACAUCGGGAAUAGUUGAGAUCGAGGUCAAACCUCUGCGAAAGACGGAGAGGAGCAAAGCGUAUUACCUUUGUAUCGCCACCUCCACACCUGCCGCGGCUGGAAUGCACGACCCGUGGACGGAGAACACCUGGAUUUACCACGACGGCGAAGACACCAGGGUGAUCGUCGUGGAGGAGAAAAAGUUUUUGCUGCCUUUCUGGCUCCAGGUCAUCUUCAUCUCAAUGCUGCUUUGUCUGUCUGGUAUGUUCAGCGGCUUGAACCUUGGGCUCAUGGCUCUGGACCCCAUGGAACUCCAGAUAGUUCAGAAUUGUGGCACGGAAAGGGAGAAAAACUACGCCAAAAAGAUCGAACCUGUCAGGAGCCAAGGGAAUUAUUUGCUUUGCUCGCUUCUGCUCGGUAAUGUGUUGGUGAAUACAACGCUGACCAUUCUGCUGGACGAUAUCGCCGGUUCAGGAUUGAUAGCUGUGGUCAUGUCCACCAUUGGAAUAGUCAUCUUUGGGGAAAUCGUGCCACAGGCCAUAUGCUCCAGACACGGCCUGGCCGUUGGUGCCAAUACCAUUUUCCUGACCAAAUUCUUCAUGUUACUCACCUUCCCCGCUUCCUACCCGGUGAGCAAGCUGCUCGACUACCUGCUGGGGCAGGAGAUCGGAACCGUGUACAACCGGGAGAAGCUUCUGGAGAUGCUGCGCGUCACGGAUCCUUACAAUGACCUGGUCAAGGAAGAGCUCAACAUCAUCCAGGGUGCCCUGGAGUUGAGGACUAAGACCGUGGAAGUUGUGAUGACGCCUCUUCGAGAUUGCUUCAUGAUACCCUGGGAUGCCACCCUUGACUUCAACACCAUGUCCGAAAUCAUGAAGAGCGGAUACACACGCAUUCCGGUCUUCGAGGGUGAGAGGUCCAACAUAGUAGACCUUCUCUUUGUCAAGGACCUGGCCUUUGUUGACCCGGAUGAUUGCACGCCACUCAAAACCAUCACAAAGUUUUAUAGCCACCCGUUGCACUUUGUCUUCAAUGACACCAAGCUGGAUGCAAUGCUGGAAGAGUUUAAGAAAGGAAAAUCCCAUCUGGCCAUAGUUCAGAGGGUCAACAAUGAGGGUGAGGGAGACCCUUUCUACGAGGUUCUCGGUAUUGUCACCCUGGAGGACAUUAUUGAGGAAAUCAUCAAGUCAGAGAUCCUGGACGAGACAGACUUGUACACUGACAACAAGACGAAGAAGAAAAUCACCCAUCGCGACAGGAAGCAAGAUUUCUCGGCCUUCAAGCCUACCGACAAUGAAACCAAGGUUAAAAUAUCACCUCAGCUUCUGCUGGCUACCCUGCGUUUCCUAGCAACAGAGGUAGACCUCUUCGCACCGCCACAAAUGUCUGAAAAGAUUCUACUGCGCUUGUUGAAGCACCCCAAUGUCAUCCAGGAGCUGAAAUACGAUGAGAAGAGCAAGCGGGCGCCAGAGCACUACCUCUUCCACAGGAACAGACCUGUGGACUAUUUCAUCCUCAUUCUGCAGGGCAAAGUGGAAGUGGAGGCAGGAAAAGAGGGGAUGAAGUUUGAAGCAGGACCAUUUUCCUUCUAUGGAAUGCUGGCGCUCACCGUCUCACCAGUCCCGCUGUCACUUUCUCGAACAUUUGUCAAUAGGGCCGAUUCAUUAGCUGGAUCACCAGAGAAUAAAUCUCCACCGCGGCCGUUUGGACUGAACUACUCGGACUCUCAGAACAGGAGCGAUCGAAUAGAUGCCAUCACUCCGACUUUGGGCAGCAGCAACAAUCAGCUGAACUCCUUCCUGCAGAUCUACGUGCCUGACUACUCUGUCCGAGCGUGCUCAGACCUGUACUUUAUCAAGGUAACACGGCAGCAGUACCAGAACGCCGUGAUGGCGUCCCGCAUGGACAAGACGCCGCAGUCCACAGACAGCGAGUUCACCAAGAUUGAGCUGACGCUGAACGAGCUGGAGACCCCCAUCACGCUCGCCGGCACUGCCGGCCACGCCCCGGCUGUGACUGUAGCCUUGGCCAACGAGGCUUCCCACCUUCUCAACCAGCAGCACAAUUGCGUGGCCGUGAGCAGGAGCAACCACAGCGCGCACAACGAGUGGCCCAUCUAGCCCCGCGCCCAGCAUGGUGGAGGCCCGAACCCUCCGCCUUUCUGCCUGACGGACGCACGGUGCAGUCGUGUAGCUAGAGAUGAGGUAACACGGGGGGGAGCGUGGGCAGGCACAGUGCACCCACUCAGUCGGUUGGUAAGGCCCCUCCCAAAAGGAGAGGUGGGGGGGGUGAGGGGGGCGGUGGGCGUUGAACACCCUCCCACAGUUGUUGGCAGCCCUGUUCAACUACACGUUCUAAAGACGGUGCUGUGACUGAGAUUCCUUUUGGGACGAUUUGACACUUUCAUCGCGGUAACUUGGACGAGAAGACAACAGACUGCACACACACACACGUGCGCACACACACACACACACACACACACACACACACACUCAAACACACUGUACUUUCCACUCAGGCCAAAGACCUUGGUCCCCUGUGCCGCUUUUUUUUUUUUUUAAACACUGGA